AUGUCUGCUAAUCAGUGUCCGCACUAUGCUAUAUUUUUUGGGUUUUCUGGGGUUGCAGCGGCGAUGAUUUUCAGCUCCAUCGGUGCCGCAUAUGGUACAGCGAAAGCUGGGAUAGGCAUUGCUGGAAUGGGAACAUUUAAACCCGAGCUUAUCAUGAAGUCACUUAUACCAGUCGUGAUGGCUGGUAUUAUUGCCGUAUACGGAUUGGUAAUAUCUGUAUUAAUAGCUGGAGCAUUAUCUCCACACGAUCCCUAUUCGCUCUUUGCAGGAUUUGUUCACCUGGGUGCGGGUCUUGCGGUAGGAUUAUCUGGCAUGGCUGCCGGGUAUACAAUUGGUAUUGUCGGAGAUGCUUGUGUCAGAGGCUAUGCACAACAACCGCGUCUGUUUGUAACAAUGGUCUUGAUACUCAUCUUUGCUGAAGUCUUGGGUUUAUAUGGAUUGAUAGUCGCACUAAUUUUAAAUACAAAAGCCGAAAGCGACUGCUCUGAAUGA